AUCCUCAGUAACCUGAGCCGACAUGAGCGGACGUGUAGAGAUGUGUUCAGCGCUCUGCAGGAGCAGAAGAUCGGACUGGACAAAGUGGUGGAGAUCUUCUGCACGGAGGGAUUCAAUAAGAAAGCUUCACUUCAUUAUCUGGGACCCCUGCUGUCCAACCUCACACAGCUGCCCGAGGCACGCCACUUCAUUCUGGACAAGGACAGGUGUGUGAUUCAGAGGCUCCUGCCGUACACACAGUACGAGGAAUCGAGCACCAGGCGAGGAGGGGUGGUGGGAACGCUCAGAAAUUGCUGCUUUGACUAUACUCAUCAUGAGUGGUUGCUCAGUGAUGCGGUGGAUAUUUUACCAUACCUUAUAUUACCAUUGGCUGGACCAGAGGAGCUCUCAGAGGAAGAGAAUGAAGGUUUGCCUGUGGACUUGCAGUACCUGCCAGAGGAUAAAAAGCGAGAAGAUGAUCCUGAUAUCCGCAAGAUGCUCUUAGAAACCCUGAUGCUUCUUACAGCUACUAAAGUGGGCCGACAGAUUAUGAAGAACAAGAACGUGUAUCCCAUCAUGAGAGAGUUUCACAAAUGGGAGAAGGAUCCACAUGUGAUUUCAGCCUGUGAGAAACUCAUCCAGGUUUUGAUUGGAGACGAGCCGGAGGCAGGAAUGGAGAAUCUGAUGGAGGUGGAGAUUCCCAAAGACGUGGAGGAAAAACUGAAGGAACUGGACACCAAAGAGCAGGAACAAAUGGAAAAGGACAAACAGGAAUCUGAGAAGCAGCUAAAAGAAUCUCCAGAGGGCCUGGAGAGAUAAACCGACAUCAAAGCCAAUAAACAAAACUUUACUGCCACAAAUAGAGACUUGUCAAGUUGAAUGUCCAGCAUC